UUUUCUCCUCUUGAGUCUCUUUGUCUCUCUUUUUCUUUCUCUUUAUCAGCGAUUCUUCCCAUAAUGGCCACCACUACCGAGUUCCCCGCAAGCGACGUCAACAGCUACGACUAUGUGAUCGUUGGAGGUGGUACUGCCGGCUGUGUUAUUGCCAGCCGUCUGGCUCAGUACCUUCCUAACAAGAGGAUCCUCUUGAUUGAGGCCGGUCCCAGCGAUUACAUGGAUGACCGAGUCCUCAACCUUAGGGAAUGGCUCAACUUGUUGGGAGGCGAGUUGGACUACGACUACCCCACAGUUGAGCAGCCGAUGGGUAACAGCCAUAUCCGUCACUCUCGCGCCAAGGUGCUUGGAGGCUGCUCCAGCCACAACACCCUGAUCUCGUUCCGUCCGUUUGAGUAUGACUGCAAGCGGUGGGAAAGCCAGGGGUGCACGGGGUGGUCGUUCGAGACCUUCACGCGCGUGCUCGAUAGCCUCCGCAACACCGUCCAGCCCGUUCACGACCGUCACCGCAACCAGCUGUGCAAGGACUGGAUCCAGUCCUGCUCGACCGCCAUGAACAUUCCCAUCAUCCACGACUUCAACAAGGAGAUCCGUUCCAACGGUGAGCUGACCCAGGGUGUUGGUUUCUUCUCAGUUGCGUACAACCCCGACGAUGGCCGCCGCAGCAGCGCCAGCGUUGCUUACAUCCACCCUAUCCUGCGCGGUGACGAGAAGCGUCCCAACCUGACGAUCCUCACCAACGCGUGGGUGUCUCGCGUCAACGUCGACGGCGAUACCGUCACCGGUGUUGAUAUCACCCUGCAGUCCGGUGCCAAGCACACUCUCCGUCCCAAGAAGGAGACCAUCCUCUGUGCCGGUGCCGUGGAUACCCCUCGCCUUCUGCUUCACUCCGGUCUGGGCCCCAAGCAGCAGCUGGCCUCUCUUGGCAUCCCAGUGGUGAAGGACAUUCCUGGUGUUGGCGAGAACCUGCUUGACCACCCUGAGAGUAUCAUCAUCUGGGAGCUCAACCAGCCCGUGCCUCCCAACCAGACCACUAUGGACUCCGACGCAGGUAUCUUCCUCCGCCGCGAGGCACCCAACGCCGCUGGCUCCGACGGCAGCGCCGCCGACGUUAUGAUGCACUGCUACCAGAUUCCCUUCUGUCUCAACACGUCGCGCUUGGGCUAUGACACUCCUGUCGAUGCCUUCUGCAUGACCCCCAACAUCCCCCGUCCUCGCUCCCGCGGCCGUCUUUACCUGACCUCCUCCGACCCCACCGUCAAGCCGGCCUUGGACUUCCGCUACUUCACCGACCCCGAGGGCUAUGAUGCCGCCACCAUCGUCCACGGUCUCAAGGCCGCCCGAGAGAUUGCCAAGCAAUCUCCCUUCAAGGACUGGAUCAAGCGCGAGGUCGCCCCCGGCCCCAAGGUUCAGACCGACGAGGAACUCUCCGAGUAUGGCCGUCGCGUUGCUCACACCGUCUACCACCCUGCUGGUACAACCAAGAUGGGUGAUGUGACCCGCGACCCUAUGGCCGUUGUCGAUCCCAAGCUGAAGAUUCGGGGCCUGAAGAACGUCCGCAUCGCCGAUGCCGGUGUCUUCCCCGAGAUGCCAACCAUCAACCCCAUGCUGACUGUCUUGGCCAUCGGCGAGCGCGCCGCCGAGCUUAUUGCCGAGGAAGCUGGCUGGAAGCGCGAGCAGCCCAGGCUGUAA